AUGGUCACAGGCACCUGGCCUUGCACAACGACAGAGGUCGCUUGCAUUACGAAGGUUGGCAUUCCCGUCCGUUUCGACCCCUCCACUCGCCACGCGUUCUGGUGGAGGACGGCGUACCCAACCUGGGAGGAGUCCACCUUUCAGAUCUUCCGCCGCUUCGUAAGGCCGGACUCGAUCGUUCUUGAUGUUGGCGGAUGGAUCGGGUCGACCUCCAUUUGGUUGGCUGCCCUAGCUCAGAAGGUUCUGGUUCUGGAGCCAAGUGAUGCGGCCUUCGAGGAACUUGUGCAAAAUGUCGCUCAAAACGCCGACAGGAUUGACACAGGAUUGGCCAACCUGGUGAGAGCUUUGAUGGAGGUAACUUCAGACUGGAGAAACCGCUUCACCGAAGGAAAGUACAUGGCCCUCAUGAGGUUCUCGAUUCUGAGAACAAUCCGAGAAACCCAUACACUUUCUCCGGGCGACAGAGCAGAGGCGCUAUCUCAAAUGACACCUCAGGACGUCCUGGCCUACCUCAUUUCUACUGAAGACUGGUUUCUCGCUACGGUGAUACUCUUAAAAGACAGAAAGGCGAAUUCGACAGAUGGAGAUCUCCCGGGAAACCCUGCGCUUCCUUCGACGAUUGAGAAAAGCGAUCAAAACAGUAAGAUCGGGGAAGACGAACAGGAGAUCCUCGAUGGAGCCACGACUCUUUUCUCUUAUUACUACAAUUCUGAGGAAGCGAACAUAGCGAAUAUGAUAGACGGAGAGACGUCCCUUACUGCUGCAAUUGACAACAAGGAAAACCGAGAACUUCUUGUGUUUUGUUUCGGAGUCUCCUUCACCUAUUUCAAAAGAGACAGGCCAACGGUCUUAGACGACGUCGGCUUCCUCAGAACAGUGGUAGAGGGAAAAAGAGGAUACAAGGUGACGAUGAGAUCUCUGACCUCGAAUCACCUUCCGGCACUUGUCCAGGCAAUGGAGGGUGAAGGAGCAUCCGAAAGCGAGAUGUGA